CCCAACUUGACUCUUAUCACUCCCAUCCUACCAACUCAGCGCCAACGCGACGGCCGUCUUCCAUUGUCGCCGCUGGUGGAAACUUGACUCAUUGGAGUCUUUUCCAUUGCUGUCCUCACCAUGAUUUUCCGAAAUUCGAUUACGGGCGCGGCCCUCGCCUCCCUCGUCCGAGCUUCCCAGCCCAAUGCCGCCAAACCUGUGGCCGCUCCCAUGAGAGACCUCAACUGGGGUCAGCUCAACUUCAUCCAUACGACUGACACCCAUGGCUGGCUUGGCGGACAUCUUCAAGAACCCCAAUACUCGGCGGACUGGGGUGACUACAUCUCCUUCACCCAACACAUGCGAAAGCAAGCCGACGACAAGGGUAUCGAUCUCCUCGUCAUCGAUAGCGGUGACCGCGUAGAGGGAAAUGGGCUCUACGACGCCUCCGAACCCAAGGGCCUGUUCCAGUAUGGAAUUUAUGCCGAGGCCGAAGUCGACCUCCUCUGCACCGGCAACCACGAGCUCUACAAAGCCUACUCCGCCGACUGCGAGCACAACACUACCGUUCCCAAUUUCAAGGAAAAUUAUAUCGCUUCAAAUCUCGACUACAUCGACCCUGAGACAGGCGACCGCGUACCCCAGGCCCAGCGAUACCGCAAGUUUAAGACCAAGAACCAAGGCAUCGAGAUUGUUGCAUUUGGCUUUCUCUUUGACUUUACUGGCAACGCCAACAACACCAUCGUCCAGCCUGUAGCUGAGACUAUCAAGGAGGAUUGGUUUCAGGAGGCCAUCCGGGAGAAACCCGAUAUCUUUGUCGUCGUUGGCCAUGUCGGUCUGCGAAUGGAAGAGUUCAAGACCAUCUUCACUGCUAUCCGACAGCAGAAUUGGCACAUCCCCAUUGCCUUCUUCGGUGGUCAUGCCCACGUUCGCGAUGCCCGCAAGUUUGACUCCAAUGCGUUUGCCAUUGCCAGUGGUCGUUACUUUGAGACCAUCGGGUGGGUGUCGGUCGACGGCAUCAAGAAGAUCCCGGACGCGGUUGAGGCAACCACAUCGGCCUCAUUCUCGCGCCGGUACAUUGACACGAAUCUGUUCGGCCUACACUACCACACUGGGCUCAACGAGACCACGUUUCCCACCAAACAAGGCAAGAGGGUUUCCGAGACAAUUACACGUGCCCGCAAGGCACUUGAUCUCGACUAUCAGUUUGGGUGUGCUCCCAAGACACUGUGGAUGAGCCGUGCCAAAUACCCUAGCGAGGACAGCAUCUAUACAUGGAUCACAGACGAGGUGUUCCCCGACAUUAUCACUCGCAAGGACCGCAAAGACAAGGCCAGACUAGCCAUCACCAACACUGGUGGUAUUCGCUUCGACAUCUUCAAAGGUCCUUUUACUCGUGAUACCACGUAUAGCGUGAGCCCCUUCAUGAGCAAAUUCCGCUACAUCCCAAAUGUUCCCUACAAAGCAGCCUCUAAGGUCAUCGACCUACUCAACAGCGCUGGCAGGAUCUUUGAGGAAGAUAGUCUUGACACCCGGAUCCUAACCAUCCCGCAGCAGAGGUUCCCUAUACCAGUUGCUGAUGCCGACGAGACUGAGGAAACCGAGGAGCCCUGGUUGGAGCUUCGUGAUCUCAAGAAGGAGCCUAGUCUUAUUGCGGGGUACACAACUAAGGAUGAUAUUGGUGACGACGGUGACGAUACUGUUCACGAAACCAUAAAUUUUUACAACCAGCCUAACUGUAUCCAAGGGAAGAUUGGCUUCCCCGAGGAUGGCGAGCCGGAGACUGUGGACUUUGUAUUCCUCGAUUUUAUCGAGCCUUGGAUCAUCCCAGCCCUCAAGUUUUCCGGUGCUGACUACAGCAAGGAUGACGUUGAGGAGUACAUGGAGGGGACUUUUACAUACAAGAUGGCUGAGUGGAUCGGCAACAACUGGAAGGGCAACUGCUGAGACUGCUGAUUAGUUAUUAUUUCUUCGGCUUGAUGCAUUUGGCGUUGAGUUUGCAUGGUGCUAUUGCAUUGGGACUUGGUCUGGACAUAUUAUUCCACAGAUAGACUGGACAUGGACAUAGUUCGAUAGACGAACUUGAAAUCGUAUUUGAUUACCAUGUCCUCUUCCACUCACGUGCUGUUGCUUACUUCCCUCAUCUGCUGUCAGCCAUCAGAUACAUAGAGAAGGGCCAUCACGGUGGCGAUCAUGUAAGCUUUGG